AUGAAUGAGAUUCAAAAAUCACAAGGACAAUCUCUCGUGGAAAUAUUGAGCCGAUAUUUGGAUCCUUUGCCAGUCAGCGAUGAGACUGCUAGAACGGCCGUCGUCGGCAAGGCGUUGGAUCUACUGCAUGCAAUUCAUAGUGCGUUUGUCACGCCAGUGAACUAUCAGGAACCCUCUCAGCAACCCGAAGUCAAGGUCGAGAAUCCCGCUCUCGAAGAUGCAAAGCGCCGUCAGAUGAUCCAUGCAUUGCUGGACCUGAUUUCUCUGGAGGGAAUUUACCCGUCCCUCUCGUCCGGUGUUGGCAUUCCUUUGCAGCAAAGAGUGAUCUCGGUGCUACCAGCCGGAGUUAUUGCAAAGCAGACUACAGUGCCUGCAAGCAGCAUACCCCAUGAUGAAGCUCUUCUCAGCCAGAUUAUGAAAGUGCUUCUUAGCAUCACCCUGGAUGACAAAGAUAGCAUCCAGCCCAUCAUUCGAGGUCGCAUUCUGAGUGAUAUUAUCAGUGGGGCGGCCGAUCUCGCUUUCAACCCCAAUGUCAUCGGUUCAGAGGCCAAGGUCUAUCACCAAAAGGCUUUUUUCAAGAUAAUUGCUGACACUCCAAGCUCAGUUCUCCUGCCGACGCUCUCUGCAUUCCUCCAGGCAGAGACCACAGCAUGGUUCAAGUCUACCAUAUCAAAACAAAUCGCUCAUGUGCCACUUCGACCCGGUGGUGUCUUACAUACUAUCAUGUUUAUCGCCUCGCAAGUUGCCCCAACCCUUGGGCAGGAAGCCCAAAGCGAGCCAUCGAUCGGUCCUCAUUUCACAGUGCAGGGCAUGAUGCAGAUAUCAAGACUACUUUCAUCAGUUCCCCAAGAUGUUGAACCAUCGACAUACUUCAAUGCUAUUGCCCCACAGCUCUUAGAGCUACUUGAUGGAGAUGACCCGGACUUGAAGAGGACUGCCUCCUAUGUGAUUGGGAAUGGCAUUCUAGGGAAGCGUGCAUACGGUGCUCCAGGGACCAUUGGUCACUCUAUUUUUGUUGAGCCAAUCUUUGCGGCCCUGACUGCGGAGCUUGAUAAUUCUUCGAUGCGCUGGUUGUCAAAUCCAUUCAAGGGCGAAGGUUCGGUUUCUUUCAAGUCUGAAAAACGACCAUCAUUCAAUGUUGUCGUUGAAGGUGACCUUGUUGAUCUCGCACUUGAAAGACUAAAAAGUCUCGCACUGCAGCAUCCGAAUCCGGGACUUGUAAAGAGGGUCGUCCACCCCAUCCUCCUCCCGCUUUGGGGCUUGGCUUGUUAUUCUCAACAAGAGAAUUUGACGGACACACACGAGAAAGUCAUUGCCCUUCUACAGACCUACUUCAGCAUAUCAGUCGGUGUCCAACCACUGAAGAAACUGGUUGAUAACCUACUCUGGGAUGGAGGAUUGACUUGGACAUAUACCAAAUCUUCCCAAGGGCGAGUUGCCUUGAGAAGGCGAACAGGCUCCGAGAGUAGCCAUUCCGAUAUCAUUCGAUUGAUGGAUUCUUUACAAAUCCGAGUGGAUCUUUUUGUUAGCCUUCUAGGCUCGGACCCGAGUACCGAAGAGAGAACUGGUGAUAUUUUCCUGCAUGUCAGCCAGUCGUGGCUUGUGCAGUCUCGUGAUGCAACGACCGCCGGUGCAUCAGUCAAAGCCGAAAGAAUCGGUGAUUCUGAAAACAUCAUGCAGAAGCUGGUCUGUGCAAAGGUGGCCGAGAAGUUGCUUGAUAAUUUCAAGGACACUUUGUCACGACGUCCUUUACGGGUCCUGGAACUAAUCAAGCAAGUCAUUGAUGGAGAGCUGCAUAAUUUGAGCAGCAAAGAGACCACACAACAAUCCCAAAAGGCCGGCAAAGUCUCAUUAUCGUCACUUGCAAACAUUGUGUCAGAGGAAGGCCAUGAUCGAGACGAGGGAUCCGAUCAAGAUACCUCAGAGUCAUUGUCUACUGCUUUCAGCUUGCUGUCAACGGUUCUUGCAUCUCCCGAGUUUGCUCUAUCACAAGAAACGAAGACCCUCCUCGAGGAGAUCAAGGAUCACCUUGAUCAGCUCAUCCCACUCCUUCCAAGCGCACUAUCAAAACCGGCUACCACGUCAUCGAUGCUUCUGGAGAUUCAACUUACAUCCCCAGAGCACGACGAUACAAAGCCAGCCCCUCCGCAUAUCACAGACCUCGAAACCCACCGUCAAGCACUUGCAAACCUCAACUCGGAGCUGCCCCCAGUCCAAGCGGAAGGAUUCUCACUACUAUCGAAAUUGAUCAUGAAAUCCUCGCCAGUAUUAGAUAUCCCAUCAACCCUGACUCUCCUGCUCUCCAUAAUCACCGAUGUCUCCGAGGCUACUGCAAAUGACGAAUUUAUCUACCUCAAUGCCAUCAAACUCAUCGGCACGCUUGCCUCACGCCACCCACGCACCGUCGUCAAGACCCUUGUAGACAACUACACCGACAAGAGCGAACAACGAACCCUAGACCAACGCCUGAAAAUCGGCGAAUCACUCCUCCGAACAGCCCAAGACCUAGGCGAAGCAUUAACCGGAGAAACCGCCAAAAUCCUCGGCGAAGGUAUGAUCGCCGUUGCCGGACGUCGCGGCCACAAACCACAAACCCAACAGGCACGCCAACAACAAGAAGAAAAAGAACGAAGACGAAAAGAGCGCGAGGAGCGGAAACAGAAAGAAUCAGGGUUGCCAAAUCUCGCAGAUCUCAUGGACUCCGACUCGGAGACGGAAACACCCGAACAAAACGCCCACGCUGCAGCUAUCGUCGCCGCAUGGGGUGCUGGCGCGUCUGCAGACGAACAACCCGAAGACCUCCGGAUACGCGCCUCUGCGCUUUCCAUUCUCGCAUCUGCAGUACAAACCAACAUCCUCGGUCUCGGACCUGCAAUCAUCUCUUCAUCAGUGGAUCUAGCCCUAGCAACAUUAACGCUAGAACCAGCCCCCGAAAGCGCGAUCCUGCGACGUGCCAGUGUUGUUCUUAUCCUGGACAUCCUCAAAGCCCUUGAUACGGAGCGGGAAUCUCGGAAUGGGCAGGAUAUCGGAUUCGGUUUCUCUCUUACGGAUGACGGGAUGCUUCCAGGUCCACGGGAUAGUCGGACGCGCGGUCCAACGACGGUGGGCAAUAUCCCGGGUAUGCUGCGCACGCUUGGGUUUGUCGAGAGCGUGGAGACGGAUGGGAUUGUUCGGGGACAUUUGCGUGUGUUGAUUGAGAGUCUGGAGGCUUGGAUGGAGAAGUCGUUGAUGUGGGGGAUUGGGGCUCAGGAUGGUGGGGAGCCGAGACUGGAGCUUGGGGAUCGUAUUGCUGGGUUGAGUGUUGAUCCGUUGGCUGGAAGGGGUUCUGGGAGACCGCGCAUUGAAGAGAUUGAGUAG